GGCAGUGACGUACUUUUCUAUGUUUCUGUCAGGGGUACCAUGUUAAAUGCAGACAUGCAACACUUUUCUUAAAUGGAGACAAUGGUUAUUUAUGAUGAUUUAAUCUUAAGGAAAAGCACAUGUAUGAGGCCUCGUUAGCGCAGUAGGUAGCGCGUCAGUCUCAUAAUCUGAAGGUCGUGAGUUCGAUCCUCACACGGGGCAGUGCUGUUUUUGCUUGGAUCGUAAUCAAACACACUUUAAUAUUCAAACUAAAUAUUCUUGCUUAGUGGGCUCCACAGUAUUGGAGCGGUACAGAACCUGCGCUUCCGCCGCUAGACACGUCAAUCUGAUAAUCUGAAGUAGCAUGGAAGAUCUUGAUGCUUCUGUGCUGUCGGAUAAAUCUGAUGCUGAAAACGAAAGCGACGAGGAAGAUGGGGCAGAGGAAUCUCCAGAGCCCAGGAUUAGGGAGACUCCCGAAGAUAUCAAAUUCGAUGCCAUCGUGAACACCCUGGCUUUUCACCCGACGCGGGACAUCCUUGCCGCCGGUGACAUCGAUGGUGAUAUCUAUGUAUACUCCUACUCCUGCACAGAAGGGGGAAAUAAGGAGCUCUGGUCAUCAGGACACCAUCUUAAGUCGUGCAGGGAGGUAGCCUUUUCCCAAGAUGGGCUGAAACUGUUUAGCGUGUCUAAGGACAAAUCCGUUCAUAUUAUGGAUGUUGAGGAGGGAAAGCUUGUCACCCGCAUCCCAAAGGCUCACAGUGUUCCCAUCAACUCCUUGCUGGUAAUCGAUGAGAACCUGUUGGCAACUGGGGAUGAUUGUGGCGCCUUGAAGGUGUGGGACAUGCGAAAGGGGACGGCAUUCAUGGACAUGAAACACCAUGAGGAUUACAUAAGUGGCAUCACCAUUGACCAGGCCAAGAAGAUCCUGUUAACCUCAAGCGGUGAUGGGACUAUGGGUGUGUUCAACAUCAAGAGGAGGCGCUUUGAGCUGCUCUCUGAGUUCCAGGAUGGGGACCUCACUUCUGUGGCCAUCAUGAAGCGUGGGCGAAAGGUUGUUUGUGGUUCUAGCGAAGGCAUGAUCUACCUCUUCAACUGGAAUGGCUUUGGUGCCACUAGUGACCGCUUUGCGAUCAAGGCAGAGUCGGUGGAUUGCAUCGUCCCCGUCACCGACAGCAUUUUGUGUAUCGCAUCCAUGGAUGGCGUAGUCAGGGCGAUCAAUCUUCUGCCGAACCGCGUUCUGGGAAGUGUGGGCCAGCACAUCGGGGAGCCCAUUGAGCAGAUUGCCCGUUCACGUGACGCACGCUUCUUGGCCAGCUGCGCCCAUGACCAGCAGGUCAAAUUCUGGGAUAUCUCUGGCCUUCCCGCCAUGAUGGUGAGCGAUUACCGGCAGAAGAAGAAGAAAAGCGGCAACCUCAAGUCCCUGAGCAAGAAGGCCUUUGGCGUGGGGGACGAUUUUUUCUCUGGGCUCGCGGAGGAGACGGAAGUGAAAAAAGAAGAAAAGGAGGACGAGAGCGAAGAAGAGAGUGACAGCGAUAGCGAUAGCGACUGAGACAGCGACAGUGACUGAGACAGUGACAGCAACAGUGACAGCACUGAGGCCUCGCUGCAGAUGAACACAGGCCGUCUGUACGGGACUGGAUUGUUAGAGUAACCGGAGAAAUUCAGCAGGAUCUGCAGAAAAUCAGAGGAGCAAAGUCUAUAAAGAGAGAUCAACAGAUUUCAGAAGCUCAAACUGCUGGGAAGUUUGGUACAGCCACAGUGGCUGAUCUUCCUGCAUUUUCUAAAAUUUGUUUCACAAACAUCUUCCCCAAAUGGCUGGGAAUAAAAACCUCUAAGUUGUGGAGUAAUGAUGUUUUGCAGACGUGUGUGUAUAGGGGCUGAUAGAUCUUCUUCACAACACUGGUUUUCAUUAGGUCUUUCCAUCAAAAACAAAGGUUUCUGGAAUGGUUUUCCAGAAGAUCGAGUAAAUGCAGCAUGAAAAGUGCAGCAAGUUCCGCUAAUUAUCAGUGGCAGUGCACACCGAUAGUCCUUCAAAACCAUUUCCGACUUUUUUUUGCGUUUUUUUUUUUUUUUGGGCAGUAUUUCAGUCUGAGGGGGGAAAAGGCUCAUCAAUCAGAAGUUCAUCUGGAGGUAAAUCAGGAGGGCCAGCACCUCUUGGAGACCAGGGCUAAGAAAGCUGGUGGAGUGAGGAGAUGCCAGCCCAAGGGAGCGGGGCAGCGUUUAGCCCUGUGUGGCGUGUCUCAGGGGUCAGAACCUGCAUAUCAGCUUGGAGGAACAAAUUUACUAAAUCUGUUUGCUGUCACUGUCAAUUGAGGAUAAAUAUUUUUAAUUGUUGUUGGGUAAAUAUCAGUGAAGUAAUCCCCCAGAAUUAAAAUGUCUCUUCUUAAGAAGCUUACGUAUUAUUCUUUUUGAGUUUGCGCUAGACUACUGGAUUGAUACAAACAAUCUAUAGCUAGUAAAGAGUAAUUAUUACAGCAAGUGAACAUUUUACAAUAAACACUAUGGCUUUAUGUGCUGGUGACAAUAAAAAUGUAUCCCAAAGCUACA